AUGGGCUCCUCGCUGUCAAGAAGCUUCUCGCGUUUCUGGAACCGCAAUGAACGUCGACUGCUUCUUGUGGGGCUUGAUGGCGCUGGCAAGACAACGAUCUUGUAUCACUUGCGUCUAGGGAAGGCUAUCGCUAGCAUUCCGACUGUAGGCUUCAACGUGGAGACCAUCAAGUAUGAGGGCUAUAAGCUCAACAUUUGGGAUGUCGGAGGACAGGACACGUUGCGGCCAUAUUGGAGGCAUCACUUCACUGGGACGCAGGGAAUCAUCUUUGUUCUUGAUAGUGCGGAUGAUCAGCGCUUAGAGCUUGCGAAGGCAGAACUUAACGGCAUGCUCGUUGACACUCAACUCCAAGAUGCCUGUCUGCUUGUUAUCCUAAACAAACGGGAUCUGCCACACGCAAAAGAUGUUAAAGAGCUAACUGAAGCGAUGGAAUUCCAAGAAAACUGCGAAAAACUCAAUCGUCGUGUCAAGGUGCAGCCAACAGUGGCGACUACAGGUGAAGGACUAAACGAUGGCAUUUCGUGGCUUUGCGAGAACAUGAGUGCACUUUGA